AUGGCAUUUCUUGCCUGGCCCACCCUCCAAGGGCAAGGGAACUCAAUAGCACUUGAAAGAAGAAAUCCACCUUCACAUUCAAUCUUUCUACUCCUUCCUCCGAUCACCACCAACCACAACAAGGUGAACCAGCUCCCGGAGACGAGCAUUCUUGCCAUACCAUUCAACGAGUCUAGUCAAAAGGAGAGGAAUACCAGUUGGAGAUGGGACAUAGCUAAGAGGCAGGUCAUUGGUUUCUGGUUCUGGGAUACGCAGGUUCGACUCCUGUUGGGCAAGGGGCAUAGCCAAGAGAAUGAGCUGUCAUCCGAAAGCAAGUAUUCGUUGGAUUCGUUGCUCAACGGCCGAUCAAACUCCCCAAAGCAAAGGGGUAACAAACAACGGCGUACCGAACAAGAAACGGACGACGCGCAUAUGGAAAUGAAAGGGAAGCUUUAUCGCCAUUUCAAAUGCGUUAGCGCAUACGUGAAACACUGA